ACGACCUCAUCAUGGAGAUCCUGUCCCGGCUCCCCUUCCGGUCCGUCUGCCGUUUCAAGUGCGUCUCUAAGGCCUGGCGCGACCUCAUCGCCCACCCCGCCCACCGCAAGAAGCUGCCCCAGACCCUCGCCGGCGUCCUCUACACCACCAUCACCCGUGCCGACGGCGAACGCUACCACCUGGCCGGCCUCUCGGCCGAGGCCGAGGGUCUUGAUCUCGACACUUCACUCACGUUCCUGCCACAUACGUAGUACAUGUACUUCGGGCUGGUGCGCGCCUGUAUGGCCUCCUCCUCCACAUACGGAGUACAGGUACAUACGGAGAACCGGAGCCUGGAGCCAGAGGGAUACUGGAUUGGUUGACAAGGUUUGGCUGACCAAUCGCAGUGUCCUGGUUGGCGGCAUGCUGCACGUUGUCGGAAACCUACUGUAUCCGGACGACAGCAACAAUUGGGAAGACAAGACUGUGCUGGUGGCUGUGGACAUGGAAGGCAAGGUGUGGAAGACCAUCUCCGUGCCACGCGGCCAGAGCUAUGGUACAGUUGGGUGCUCACAGGGGUGCCUGCACUAUGCUGCUAUAUCUCCAGCUCCUCUCACCGUCGGGGAUGACGACGAUGAUGGUUCACUCAACAUGGCUGAAGAGGUAGCGAUAUGGCGCCUUGAGGAUUAUGACACCCAGCAAUGGGCCCUGAAGCACAGUUUCAGGAUCGAUAAUGUGCUGAACCUAAAUGAGGUGGAGUACCGGAUGGUUGGGUUCCAUCCCGAUCGCGACACCUUCUUCUUUGUCAGCAAGGGUAUUUUUGAGGGCGAAGCAUGGGAUGCGGCUUCAUUGCUGACAUGGGACAUGCGACGUCGCCAACUCUCUAGUGUCCUUCAUCUCGAGAAAAGCAGUGUAGGGCCGUAUCUGCCUUAUGUUCCUCUCUUCUCAUCAGAGCCACUAGCAGAUGCAGGUGGGCACUAAUUCAGUUCGACUCAUGCUUGGGCUUGCUCCGAUCAAUGGAAUAAUCAUAGAGACGAAGGGCACUGGGUACUUCCAACUAUUUCUUUGUUGUGGGUGCUUGCCUUUGUGGCCUAUUUCUUUGUUGCUCUGGAUUGAUUGACUGCAU